AUGUACGCGGUGAACCUCUGCGGCCUUCCUACAGUAAUUGCUCACGCUGCUCACUCUGCGAGCGACAUUCUUUGUCUUGUUCCUGUAGCGCCUGUUGUGGUUGACCUGAAUUCACACCAUGAGCUCCGGGACGGUCACUCACCAUCCACGACGACAGGUGAGGGUCUCGCCACCACCCCAAGCGGCAUGGAGAUUGAGCUGUCCGACGACACGGCACAGGCAACUCGGAUCAGCGGCGUCUCGUUUCCAAAUGUGAAUGCGCAACGCGUGCUGCAUGUCUUCCACUGUACUUCCACCCGUUUACAUAGACUCGGACCACCAUCUGCCAUCCCACACUGCAGGGACGGAGGACGGCAUCCCACGACAGGCAGGCAUGCUGCCACGACGGAAACAUGUCGCAUUUGUCCUGCGUGA